UCCAAUUGCUCUCUUCCGGCUUCCUCCUCGCACUUUUGUCGGUGGGAUCCGCCUGCUCUGCACGACAUUUCUAGGCAUUAUUCCUGCGUUCAAAGUCGGAGGGGGGAAAAAAUCGAAUUAAAGUGACUUUCAUUUUUCUUAAAACAAAGCUAAAUUCUUCUGAGUGUCCAGGUUGAAACAUACAAUGUCUCUGUAUCCGUCACUGGAGGAUCUGAAGGUUUCCAAAGUACUUGAGGCUCAGGCCACUAUUGCAGCCAAGAUGGUCCCACCAGCGAUCGAAGCUGAGACCCCCAGUGCUGGAAGUGGUUUAUAUCCAGACCUGCAGGAACUGGGAGACUAUAUGGGACUGGAUCUGAACAGCGAGGAUCUGAGGCAGAACAUGGCCGUAGUGCCAGCUGCAGAAGCUGGACAAGCUGACAGUAAUCAGUCAGCCAUGAAUAACAUGGUGGCCCCAUUGACCGGAAACAGUCUGGGGCUCCACCGAGCGGAGAUCAAAGCUGGAGUGCGGGAAGUGAUCCUCUGUAAGGACCAAGAUGGAAAGGUUGGGCUGCGUCUGCGUGCGGUUGACAAGGGGAUCUUUGUGCAGUUGGUGCAGGCCAACUCCCCCGCUUCUCUUGUUGGGCUGCGUUUUGGGGACCAGAUCCUGCAACUGAACGGCCAGACCUGUGCAGGCUGGAGCACUGACAAAGCACAUAAGGCACUAAAACAGGCACCACAGGACAGGAUCUCCAUCAUCGUCCGGGACCGGCCAUUCCAGAGAACGAUCACCAUGCACAAGGACAGCACUGGACAUGUCGGUUUCAUCUACAAACGUGGGAAAAUCACUUCCAUCGUGAAAGACAGUUCUGCAGCCAGGAAUGGAUUAUUAACUGAUCACUAUGUCUGUGAGAUCAAUGGCCAGAACAUCAUUGGACUGAAGGACUCGCAGGUUGGAGAUAUCCUAGCCGCUGCUGGGAGUGCAGUCACUGUUACUGUCAUGCCGAGUAUCAUCUAUGAGCACAUGGUGAAGAGGAUGUCUUCGGGCCUUGUGUCCCGGAUGGAUCACUCCACUCCAGAGGUGUAAGAUGAUAUUCACCAAAUAAUCUACAAUAUCGAUCCAACGUAGAAUCCUCCAGGCUGGGAUCUUGCCUCAUUUAAGCAGACGGGUUCCAGCUCUGCUUUCUUCUCAUGUAUGUUUUGCUGAUUUGGCAAUUCCUCACAGGGUUUGCAUUGUUCCAUAUUCUACUCUCUGUUUAUUAUAUCAGUCCCUAUCAAUAACCCCACUCAUUCCCGCUCCAUGUUAAAAUAUUCUUGGGUUAAACUCUUAAUGAAUGUGCUAUAGAUGGAUGUAAUUGUAAAUCAUUAAUCUUUUACGCUUCCAUAUAGUAUCAUUGCUAUGGGCACUGGUUAGCGAAUAAAGUCAUGGAUUGAGAGUCUUUAAAAGAUUCUGAGUAAUUUUGGGAAUUCUAUGCAACAAAAAGCGCAUGCAUAUUAGACUCCAACCAAUGAUGUGCUGGCUACAAGUAUGGCUAAUGUCACUAGGCUAGUAAUCUAGAAGUCCCGGCUGUGCUGUAGGGACAUGGGUUGAAAUCCCACCACGGCAGUUGGUGGCAUUUAAAUUCAGUGAGUAACUCUGGAGUCGAAAGCUAGUGUCAGUAACCGUGACCAUUAAACUAAUACCAAUUGUGGUUAAAAACCCAUUUGGUUCACUAAUCUCCUUUAGGAAAAACAAUUUACCAUCCUUACCCAGUCUGGCUUACAUGUAACUCCAGACCCACAGUAGUGGCCUAGCAUCCUACUCAGUGUAAAAUAAAUUAUGGCUGUUUGGGCAUCAAUCUUAUCCACAGUCCAUGCCACAUCACACUGGCAAGUGUACCGCGAUUGGUCAGGUUCACUGGCCAGAGCCCAGCAAUUGGUCAGGGUCAUUGGCCAGAGCCCAGCAAUUGGUUAGGGUCAUUGGCCAGAGCCCAGAUAUAGGUCAGGGUCAAAUGAGCUGAAGCCCAGCUCUUGACCAAUGGGAGAGGGGAUGAGAAUGGAAAUUUAGUAGUAAGGAUCCAUGUCAAACAUGAUCAGUCCCGGAAAAAUAGGCUUCUGUAGUGAGAAUGAACUGAAUAAAGUGGAGAAAUUAGAAGCAAAUCACCACAAAGCUGGAGAUGCCAGCAUUAAAAUACCCCCCCAGCCCAUUGUAAAUAUCAAGCAGAUGCUCGUGGGUUAAAGGUGAAACUCCAUUGGUGUCAUUAAUUCAGACAGAUGGAAGCAUACGUAGAUGUGAACUCCUGUGAACUACCACUCCCUGCUGGAAUUAAUUCAUCGGAGAAUCAUUUGGGAGUGUGAAUAGGUUAAAUUUCCUCUGAUGGAAUCCUUCCAGCAAGUUUAAGGUGUUCUUCAAAGAUUAUAGUUUGUAAAAUCCCAUCUCCGCGCCCCCCCCGCC